AUGGCAAGUGUAGUGGCUAAAAUAGGUACUACUGGUUUAAGAGUUGGAGGAAAAAUCGCAGCUCGUCAGGUUGGAAAACAAGUAGCCAAAAAAGCAAUGAAAGAAGCUGCUAAGAAAGGUGUAAAACAGGCCGCUAAGAAAGGAGCAAAGAAAGCUUCCAAAGAAACAGCGAAAAAAACGGCUAAAAAAGAAGCAAAAUCUUCCUCUAAGAGUGCUAAAAAAACGACAAAAAAACUAGCGAAAAAAGCAGAGGAACAGAGUAAAUCUGGUGAAAAAAAGAAGAGUGGUAAAGAAGAUGCUAAACGGACACCAGAUAAAAAACCGAAAAAGCCUAAAAGUAAGAGUAAAUCGCCUGCUGGAAAAGAUACUUCUAGCCAUUCGAAGAAAGACAAAACCUCGAAGAAACAUAAAUCUGAGACAAAAAGUCAUAACUUACUAAUUGUGAAUACACCAGCCGAUGGACGGAUUGAAGGUGACACAAGCAGCCAAACUACUUCAUCCCCUUCAGUCCAAGAGAAAAGGUCUGGUAUAUUAAAAUCUAGUAGUACAACACCGGAUCGUUCCGCUGUCAGUACUCCAACCGAUUUAAGAAGUGUGAGUACCACUGGAACUUCACUUACUACAACAAGUUCAGAUACUACCGAAACAAGCCAGUCAACUAGUGCUCCCACAACAUCAGCGACCACUUCUUCAAGACUAGUUCAGAUGCAGCCCAAAGCAGAGUUGGAUGCACAAACUUCAGUAUCUCGAAAGAAUUCGGGAAUAUUUACUUUACCUAGAAGACUUUCUAAGAGUAAAGAGACAACCCCACAGAUAAAAUCUCCAACAAAGCCGAAAAGUAGUACUCCUGAAAACAUUAAAAACCUAGAACAGUCUGUCACUAAUGAUGUACUCAAAGAAGAGGCUCUAAAAGAAGUGAAAGACACUGAAUUUAAUUUAAUGCUGCUUCGCUUGGCCAAAUAUUUACUUACCGAUGUGAAAGAAAAAAAGGAGGACGACGAUGAGGAAAAAAAGGAGGGGAGAAAGACUUCAUCUGAAUGGGUGGAAGCUUUGAAACUUGUUCUGAAUUCAGACGCCUUUUACAAAGGUAGUAGGAAGAUGAAAAGGAAGCAUAAGAAGCAAAAAUAUGAUGAAUUCCCUGAGUGCCAAUGCCCAUGUUCGUCUAAAUCAUAUCAUAAGAAACACGAUCUAGAGGAUAUAAAUUACGAAGAUCAAAUUAUACCGAAUGAACAAGAAAAGAGAAGUGAAGAAAACGCACCAGUGGAUGACGAACAAACAACCAGAACAGACGUUUCCACUCAAACACAGUUAUCUACAAGCUCUGAUUCAGAUUCUUAUAGUUCAAGUGAAUCGUCAGAAAGAUGUGAAAAUGCACGGCGCUUGGGUGAUAUAAUACGACUUUUAAAUAAAUGUCCCCCCUCAUGCUGUGAGAUAAAAUCCACAAGAAAACAAUCUAAAUGCCUGAGAUGCCGAGGAACGUCAUCAGCAGAACCAUUAGUAGCAUCCAGGUGGAUGAAUACACCCUCAGAUCAACCUAAUGCAAAUAAGCAGAACUUUUCCGCUCCGCUAUCUAAUCCAAGUUAUCCAGUAAUACCGACAACAUGCUACACAACUCAAACACCAUUAAUAUAUGAAGAACCAGCAAUUGUUACAGAUAUGUUGAUUGAUUUAAAUUAUCCUUAUUUCAGUGAUUUCUACUGUUAG